CGACGUUCGCUAGCCCGCCAGCUUCAGCAGCUGGCUGUCCCUCACACACAAGCUAUACUCGGGGAAGACAAGCGGAAAGUCUCUCUUCUCUUUGAUCCCAAAGAUGCAGCUACAUUUGAUAAAGAGACCUUCUAUGCGCUUGGUGUGAAUGGUAUCGAGGAACUGGAGGGUAUUGACCCCUCCUUCCAGGACUUCCAUGAGAGCCUGUUUAGUGAGGGCUCACUAACAUUUGAGAGGAGUGUUCAAUCCAAGGAAGUCAACAAAAAAAUCAACACCGUCAUCUCUAAAUUUCUGCUGAAACUCUCUCCAUAUUUCUUACUCAAGGCAGCCCAAAAAUCUGUGGAAUGGUUAAUUCAAAGGUAUCACAUCCACUUCUACAAUGUCGACGACUUGAUGAUGUGCAUCCUGCCGUACCAUGACACCAAGAUCUUCGUCCGAGCUGUCCAGCUGCUGGACCUCAACAACAAAGAUGUCCGCCACUGGAGCUGGCUGCAGCCCAUACAGAAACCUGGAGUGCACUUGGCCAGAUCCACUUUAAUCAGCCAUUGUGGGAAGAACACUGCCUUCCUCUCGUUUCUCUGUGAUAUGGUGCCAAAGUUUGUUAAGGCAAACAAAGAUGCAGAAGAUACCAACAGCCCCCAGUUUCUAAAGACAGUCUUCUCCUUCUAUGCAAUGACUGUCAUAUCUGUGCUUGACACAUACAAUGUCAACGAACGUCUGCUGUCUGCUCUGAUUGAGCCCAUAGCUCGAGGUAUACAAUCUCGAAUUCGAGCCUAUCAGGCAGCCUCUUACAUGAUCAUGGCAGAGUUGUUUCACAAGGCAAAGGUCAAGAAGGACCUAUCAGAAACCUUCAUACAUCUUGUCUGCAAAUUUAUCAACCCCCAGAUGGCUACAGAGGCAGUCACCUGCAUCCUCAUUAUAUUCCAGACUCAAGAUGUCACCAAACUGCAUAAGAAGAAUUUCAAGUACCUCUCCCGUCAGCCGACCCUAGCGUCUAUCAUCAAGAAGCUGUCUGUGAAGUACAAUGUCCAGCCCCUCCUUCAGCCUCUCCUGGGGAAUUUGGUGCCAGCAGCAUUCAAAGAAUCUGCUCUCAACAUCAUCAGCAGUGACAGCAGCGAAGAUGAGGGUGGACCACGACCGCAGCUCAUGUCCCUGCUGCAGGAUCUCCUGACAAACGUGGCACUGCAGGAGAUUACCGCCAUCGGUGUGGCAAAAAACGUUCUGCGCAACUUCAUCUCGAACUUGCUACGUGACCAGGAUCAUCAGGAGAGCCACCACACCACAGUCCGAGGCAUCGUCAGGCAGCUUGAGGCAAAGUAUCCGAAUGCCCUGGAUAUUGCCACAGAUGAUGUGAUGCUGUCUACGAGCAGUCAGGAGGAGAAGGAGGCCAUUGCUUCCUUCUUGAACUUGUCAGCCAUGACAACUCAGCACCAGAUCCUUCCUGACAACCAGACAAGCCUUGUGUUGUGUCUCAACCACCGUCAGGCAUCAGUCCGGCAGAGUGCUGUGUCCUACCUGCUUGAAAACAAUGGGAAGCUUGAUGACACAGACUUCAUCUCUGAGUCUGUACUGGCACGGCUGCGAGAUGACAACCCAGAGAUCGUGAAGAUGAUUCUGCAGUAUAACAAGCUGCCUGAUCUGGUGGUGGACAAGGCCGAGUUCCAGAGUUGUCUUCUCCAGCUUCUACAGAACUACAGCACACACUCAAGCAGCACCAUGUGCCCCUACAUCCUCAAAUGGCUGUGUGAGGAGAAGUCUGUCUCGGAGGAUGUCGCCCUGGUUGCCAUGGUAACUCACCUUUUCCUCCUGUCAGGUCAACUGUCCCACGUCGACCUGGUCAAGCAGAUGUUCGAGUCAUCCUUGGCAAAGAGGAAUAAGCUCCUCAAAGCACUAAAGAAAGACUGGCUGCCUCCUUUCCUGGAAGUUGUUGGGUCCGGUCGUUCUGUUGAAGGUUUUGUUGGUAUGAAUGAGAUGCUGAUGAAGUGUCUCGGACAGGCGAUGCUGCAGUGUUAUGGUUCCGAUUCUGUGAAGCAGUUCCGAGCUCUGUAUAAUCUGAAAGACUCUGCUCCGAGGCUGGGUCCGUUCACAUGUCUGGUGAUGGCCGCCAUGUGUGAAUCCAUGACUGCUGCAGAUGAUGACAAGCUGAAGAUACAACUUGGCCUUGAACUUCUCCACAUUGCGCAGAAUAUCGCAGUGGACAAGAAGCUGAUGUCCUCCAAGCACACCAUCUCCUCAACGGGGAAGGUAUCUCUCAAGUCUGUUCUGCAGAGCUGUGUGGUCAGCUUCAAGAAGAAUGGCAAGAUUCCCCCUGUGAUGCUGGUAUACAUGCUCGGGCAGCUGAUCAGGUCAAUGACUGUGCCAGAAGAACUGUUGAAAACAGAAUUCUGGUGUUUCCAUGGUGAUGGGAGGAACUCAGAUGAUUGGUUAAAGACAGUGGUCCAGUUGUUUAACCUGUUGCUUGAUCUGGUUGACGAACGAGCCACUGCAACACAUGGAAAGACUUUGGUCGCUGCUUUCUUGAAAACUGUUUUUCCUGACAAGCUGCAGCUGUUGAAGCUGUUCUGUCUGCUGUGGACCCAACAUGCCAACCCACACAGCGCUGACCUUGACCUGUCGGAGCCCCUCCAGGCCCGGGCUCUGUGUCUCGGCUUCAUGCAGAUGCAGGCCCUAGAGGAGAAGACGGCUGUGCACAUCCUCAACAGACCAGGCCCAGUGCUGUGCAGCCUGCUGGUGGUGUUCUCAAGCCCCCAUGAUCGUCUGAGGGAGCUGGGUCUACACUGUCUCGGCACACUCUACAAGCAGUGCGGCACAAACACCGCCCUGUACAAGCCGCUGGUGGAGACCAUCAUACUGAGUCAGGAGGAGCUGUCCAGUGAUCCGACCCACAUGGCACAGGUGUUUGUUAACAUGAUCGAAAACACAGAGGCACAAGAAAAGAAGUCCUCUCCCAAGCAGAGACGCAGGAGGUCACGCUCUCAUUCUUACGUAUCAGGGGCUCUUGAAACCCUACUGGAGGUUCUGGUUACCACAACAACGCCCCUUUGGAUUGUCAAACCACUUCUUGGAAUCUUCCAUUCCAUCAACAGUGUGGAAAACAUGACCCAGUUACUUCCCUUACUUGACCGUCUGCUCCAAGUUCCUGGGGACAAGUUUGGUAGCUUGGAGUUGGAUUGUGUUGAGCUACUGCUGGAGAGGUACACCACGGAAACCAUUGCCUGUGUCCAGGAUGACAGUCUGCCUCUCAACAUCCUCAUCAAGGCCAUAGAGUCCAAACUCUUCCCAGUUCAGUCCCGUCGAUCUGUUGCAGAGAUUGCCAUUGAUCAGAUUAGUCGUGAAGUGUACGAUGGCCUGCCCACAAAAUCAGUACAACAGGCCAUCCUCAGCAGCCUCUUCACCGCCUGGCUCAACACUGCCAACAUCAACGUGUCCAACAGCGUGCGCAAGACUGUCAAGAAAACUCUGCAUCUUCAAGCAGAACACAUCAUAUCUGAACUGAGACCAGUUCUCCAGAUUUCAACUGUUCGCAAAGUCCGAGAAGCUAAACGACAGAAAAGGCUUCCAGAGGAGGAGAGCAGCACGGACGCAGUGUUUGACCGUCCUGAGUGGCAGCGUGUUGUCAUCAUCCUGGAGGCUGUGCAGGACAAGAAGAAGCUGGACAACAGAGCCCAACUCAUCCCCGUCUGCUUCCAAGUCCUGGCCAAAGCACUUGACCUGGAGGACCACAACAGUGCGGAGUACAUCAAGCAGUUACUGCUGACCACCAUCUACAACCUCUGUAACAGAUUUAACACUGACCAAGAUGGAGGAUCCAUCCCCGAGGAACACUUCAGUAUGGAGCUGAUCGUCCAGUGUAUCCGGACAUCGGACAACCCACAGACUCACCACCAAGCCCUGCUAGUGCUGACUGUGUCGGCCAAGAUUUGCCCAGAGCAUCUACUGCACAACAUCAUGACAGUGUUCACCUUCAUGGGCGCCAACAUCCUGCGCCAAGACGACAGCUACAGCUUCCACGUCAUCAGCAAGAUCCUGGAGAAUGUCAUCCCUGCACUUAUCAGUACAUGUGAAGAGAAAUCCUCACCAAAGAAAACUAGUCUGACUAGCAAACCCGAGGAGGUCAUCACCAUGGUGAUGCGAGUCUUCGUCGAUGCCUACCCUUACAUCCCACAACACAGGAAGUUGAUGCUGUACACAAAGCUGGUGAGGAUUGUGGGACAGAAGCAGUACCUGUGGCGAUGUCUGCUGCUGUUCAUUGAGCACGUGGUGACGAGGGAACGUAUUGUCAGACCAGACGACUCCCAUCUUGUUCUGGAGGAGAAGAUGUCUGGACCCAUAGGACCCGCGGAACUGGAAUUUAUCCAGAUUUUGUCGACAUCCUUCUCCCCUGCAACCCAGCUCAUGGCAGCCCGGGAUGCUAUUGUGUAUAUCUCCCAGCUUCCAGAUGACAAAGAUGACACAGUAAUCAAAGCCAAGAGUGUCCCUCAGUCUCUGGGGGCCUUGAAGAAGGAGGACAGUGAGAUCUUCAGUGUACAGUUCCACACUGCCAAACAGCUGCGGCACUUCAAGUAUGCUGGCGUCCAUCUGUUUGUCUCCCUUCUCUCUCAUCAGCAGUUCGUGUCACAGGUUGCAGCCAAGGAGGGGAAGAAAUCCCUGCAGAAGAAUUUUGAGUCUCUUCUCGAAACCCUUCUUCAGUACAUCAGCCAAAUCUCCAUUGUUGUGGACAGGCACCAGAACAAACCCACAUCUCGUUUCUGGAAGGCCUACUUGCACAAGGCUUAUGACAUGAUCGAUAAGAUCACAUGCCUGCUGCCGGACCACAUGUUCGUGGAGGUGACAUCGGGGCUGCUGAAACACAGCCUGCCCACUGUCCAGCGGAAGGCCAUGGAGCUCCUCAACUCCCGUCUCCAGCAGGUCAAGGACGUAGUGGACAAGGAACAGGAGAACAUUCUGCUGGUGCUGGUGGAUGAACUGUCAGCCAUAGUGAAACAAACAACUCUCGACUCGGAUGACCUUGAGGAGACAGGGGUCAAUGGCCAGACAGCUCUCUACAGCCUGAAGGUGUUGUGUCGUCUGCUGGGCCAUAAACACCCCGAUAGGUUUAUCAAGGUACUGCAGCUCACCUGCAAGGUACUCACCAAGAGGAAGGACAGCCCUAAUGUGUUGGCAUGUGCCCUGCUAUGUGUUGGGGAGAUCUCGGCUGACCUCAAGGUUCAUGUCAUCCCUCACCUGCCGACUUUCAUGCCCAAACUCCUCAAGAUCCUGGGCCGCACUGAGGAACUGACUGGGAAUGAGCUGCUGCUGCAGAGUUGUGUGACGGUCAUCAGCAAGGUGGUGGAGAAUCUGCCGCACUUCCUCAGCCCCUACAUCCUGGACAUCACCAAACAUUACUGCCUCCUGUCUGGAGGGGAGUCUCCUCAGAAGCCUCAAGUUCAGCAGCGUCUUCUCGCCAUUCGUCAUGCGAUGGCCACAGUCCUUCCAACACGUGUCAUCCUUCCAACCAUCGUGUCAUGUUACACGAACCUGGUGGAAGAACACCAAGAAUGUCUGGAGUGUCUCAUGUCUCUGCUGGAGGCCCACAUCAAGGAGAUGAACCGGGAGAACCUCGCCAGCUUCCACAACGACAUCCUGGCCUUCUUCUUCACCUGUCUUGACUUCAGGACCAACCAUCCCAAGGAAUCACUGUCCAGGAUAAACCAGAUUGAAGACUCUGUGAUCAGCACGGUAAUCUGCAUGGUGAUGAAGAUGUCUGAGGCAACUUUUAGACCCAUGCUCUUCAAGGUGUUUGACUGGGCAACCCGACAAGACGACAUGAAGUCACGGGUCCUGGUGUUCUACAGACUGGCAGAUAGACUGGCGGACAAGUUGAAGAGUCUGUUCACACUGUUUGCUGGUUACAUUGUGAAGCAUGCUGGGGAGGUCUUGGACCAGAACAACACUAGUAAAGGAGAUGGCAGGUACUUCGGUAAGAGCAAGCGGUCCCGGAAGAUGUCUACCCAGCUGUUGUCCUGUGUCCUGGAUACACUAUACAAGUGCUUCCUGUACGACAGUGAUGGCUUUGUGUCCGUCGAGAGGUUUGAAACACUCAUGCAGCCAAUUGUUGACCAGAUUGAGAACACCCAGGGAGAUGAGGAGACAUACAAGAGUCGAGUUUCUCAGAAUCUGGUUCGGUGUAUUGGUCAGUUUGCAGUGGCAGCUAGAGAUGACUCCCACUGGAACACCAUGAACUACCAGAUCCUUCUCAAGACAAGGAACCCCUCCCCACAGGUCAAGUUUGCUGCCCUGGAUGUGAUAGAAGAGUUCCACAAGAAGCUCCUGGAUGACUUCUUGCCACUACUGCCGGAGACCAUUCCUUUCCUAGCUGAACUCAUGGAGGAUGAAAAUGAAGAAGUUGAGAAACGCUGCCAGACUGUCAUAGCGGACAUGGAGAGGACCCUGGGAGAACCCUUACAGAAAUACUUCUAACUGGACUGGAGCAUGUCUACUUGUUCAACAUCAGCAGCUUUAGGCAAUAAACAAUGAUAAAAACA